AUGGCCACCCUCCGCGUUCUCUCGUUCGAUGCUGAGGGCCGCCCGAUUGAGUUCGAACCCUGGCUAGAUGAUCUGCACCUGUUCUUAAUAAGCGAUAGCAAAGACAAUGUUUCGCUUUUCGACCACACGUCUGGUGCAUCCGUCGCCCUUGCUGCUGCAGCUGAGCUUAGCGUCCGUUCCCAGUGGCAGACUCGUGACGCUGCUGCCCGCCUAGCCAUUCGCAACCACCUACCGCUAGCCGAACUCAAGCAUUUUGGCGAGCACAAAACCGCUAAGGCCCUGUACGACGCUGUAGUUGCUCGAUACUCCUCCCCUGCCACUGCUGAGCUUAGCCGCCUCAUGCUGCCGUACCUGUUUCCUGAGUUGUCCACAUUUCCCACCGUUGCCGAUCUCAUCACCCACCUUCGCACUAGUGACACUCGCCUUCGCGCCGCCCUCCCCAAAGAGUUUUGUGCUAAGAACCCGCCUCCGAUGUACUGGACCCUCCACUUCAUAGUCACCCGUCUCCCUGACUCGCUUAGCUCGGUCAGGGACCACUUUCUCGCUCGCUGUCCCACCGAGCUCACUGUCGACCUCCUAGAGGAGCAACUCCUUGCAGCAGAGAAGAUUAUAGUCGCUGUAGCUGCUGCUCGUGGUGCUCUCCCUCUCCCCUCGCCCCCUCCUUCGCUACUGCUGCUGCUGUUGACUUCCUUGGUGCUGAGUCUGCUGGUGCUGCUUCUGCUCCUAGUGGGAGGCGCCGCAACGGCAAGGGCAAGGGAGCCAAGGGUAGUGGAGGUGGCAACGGGGGGGAUGGUGGUGGAGGAGGUGGAGGAGGAGGAGGUGGCGGAGGGGCUGGUGGUGGGAGUGCUGGCGGGAGUGGCAGUGGCAGCGGAGGCAGUGGAGGCGGAGGGGGUGGCAGCGGCGGUGGCGGCAGCGGUGGCGUCCGGGGCGGUGGUGGCGGCAACGGUGGCGGUCAGGGUGGAGGCACUGGCGCUGGCCAGAGCCAGCAGCAGCAGCAGCGUCCCCAGACAUCCCAGCAGCUUCACGUGCAACAAGUUCCACACCCAGUACCGCUGCUUCUCCCGCCUUGACGACGCCUGGCGUGAGGAGAUGGGCGAGGAGUUAGACCGCCCUCGCUGGCAUGAGCUGUAUCGGGCUGGUGUAGACAUUUUUGCUCUUGACUUUGAUGCUAUUAUCUCUGCUAUUACUGCACUCACACCACUCCCAGCACCUGUUCCAGUCCGCCUGGCUGACCCCUCAGGGGGCCCAGUUCUUGCACGGUCCUCCACUGUGCUUCCGUGCACGGCGGUCCCGUCUGGCUUACUGUUAGGUCUCCACCUCCCCUCGUUCUUGACGAACUUGGUGAGCAACGCUGCCCUUCAGGAUGUGGGGGUUAAUACCUUCACCCCUGCAUGGCAGCGUGUGGCGAUCUGCACGUGUGCACAGACUGGCCGUCACCUGGCCACGUUCAAUCGUCGGCCAGGGUCGAAUCUUUACACACUGACCACUGCGUCUCCUCAGGUCGCUGCUGCUGGUCAGGUGUCUGCGUCAGUUCCGGUAGCCUCCCCUUGUGAGUGUCGCUCCCUGUCGCACCAGACUCUUCUCUGGCACCACCGUCUGGGUCACCCCUCCUUGCCUCGUCUACGUGGCAUGCACCAUCGCCUUCUUGUGUCUGGUCUUCCCAGAUCUCUGCCUCCCCUCCCUGCCUCGCCUGCGCCGCCCUGCCUUCCUUGCGUCGAGGGGCGGCAACGCGCCGCUCCUCACUCCUCCUCGUUCCCCCCGACAGAGGCUCCCUUGCAAACCCUCCACCUGGACGUGUGGGGCCCAGCCCGCGUCACUGGACAGGGCGGCGAGCGGUACUUUCUGCUGGUUGUCGACGACUACUCGCGUUAUACCACGGUCUUCCCCUUGCGCACCAAGGGUGAAGUCCCUGCUGUCCUGAUCCCUUGGAUCCGAGCAGUUUGUCUCCAGCUCCGCCGCCGGUUUCGGUCAUACCUUCCUGUCCUGCGUCUGCACUCUGACAGAGGUGGUGAGUUCUCCUCCGACAUGUUGUUCACGCUUCCGGGCUCACCGCAGCAAAAUGGGGUUGCUGAGCGCCGCAUUGGUUUGGUCAUGGAGAUCGCUCGUACCUCUUUUAUCCAUGCAGCGGCUCCCCAUUUCCUGUGGCCGUUUGCAGUCCGGUACGCUGCGCAGCAGCUCAACCUCUGGCCCCGUGUGUCCUUGCCGGACACCUCGCCCACACUGCGUUGGACGGGGGAGGUUGGUGAUGCGUCGCGCUUCCGGGUCUGGGGUGCUCGUGCCCUUGUCCGCGAUACGGUCUUCGCCUCCCAGGACGUCACCUUUGACGAGUCGGUUCCUUUCUACCGUCUCUUCCCCUACCGCACUGCCCCUCUCCCUCCCCCGCCGCUUUUCCUCGCUCCAGCUGAUGCCUCUGGCCCGACUGAGGGGGGUGACGUUGCUGCUGACGCCCCGGCUGACCCGGUUCCUGUUGACUCUGGUGCUGCUGGGGGUGGUGCUACUCGGGGUGCUGUGUCUGAGGGUGCUGAGCCUAUGCGUGAGGUGCUGGGGGGUGUGGAGCCUAGGGGUGCUGGGCCUUCGAGUGCGGAGCCUGAGGGUGCUGAGCUGGAGGGUGCCGGGUCGGGGGGUGCUGAGUCUGCUGGCGUUCCUCAGGGUCUUGUUUCCCGGCGGGGACCUCUCUCACCACAGGGUGCUGAGACUGGAGCUGUUGGAGCUGCUCGUAGUGGAGGCGCUGUGAGUGCUAGUGUUUCUGGUUAUGGAGGUGCUCGUACCGGAGCUGCUCGAGCUGCCAGGAUUGAAGGUGCCGCAGUUGGAGGCGCUGGAGCUGGAGACCCUGGAGCUGGUGCUGUCGACCCUGGAGUUGGAGACCCUGGAGCUGGAGGUGCUGGAGCCACUGGAGCUGCUGACGCUGGAGACGCUGGAGCUGCUGCCGCUGGAGGCGCUGGAGCUGCUGGUGCUGCUGGAGGCGCUGGAGCUGCUGGCGCUGGAGGCGAGGGUGCUGCUAGUUCUGGAGGUACUGCGACUGCUGGAGCUGGUGGUGCUGCUGGUACUGGAGGUGCUGGUUGUCCGAGCGCUACUGAUCACGGAGGUGCUCGCACUUCGGGUGCUGGAGCUGCCGGGACUAGUAGUGCUGCGGACCCUGGAGCUGGUGGUACGGCACAGUCGCGCCUGUUCUUCGCUCCGCCGUCUCCAUCGUCCCUGCCGCCGCCUGACACCGUGCUUCGCCAGCCUGCGUCGCGUCUUGCCUCGCCUGUUCGCACUAUUCGCACUGCUCGUCGUGUGCCUGGUCCACGUCCUCCCCCUGUGCCAGGUGUUCACACUAUGGCACUUCGUCCUUCCUCUGUUCCUCUGCGCGUUCCCCUGCCGUCUCCUCCUGCGUCUUCUCUGCCUGACGUUCCGGACCCUGAGUCUGACCUCGUUCGUGCUGCUCACCCUACUGUCACGCGUCUGUUGGCCACUGUUGUCACUGACCCUUCGUUUGAGUCCGCUGCUGCGUCUGCCUUGGUCGCUGAGCUUGUUGACUUUGCUGCUGCUUGUCGUCUCGACUACGCUGCCGGUCUAGUUGCUGAGUCUGAGUCUGUCUGUCCUCCGUCCGUCGGGGGUGAGUGUGCUCUAGGCACGGACGUCCUUGAGGACAGGCAGGAGGACUUUGACUGUCUUGCCGUCGCUGCGCCUCAUCUCGUGGCCAUGCUGCUUGCCCAUGAGGGAGACCCGGAUGCACUGGACAUCCCCACCCCGCGCUCUUACGCAGAGGCGAUCUUGGGCACUUACGUCGACGAGGUUCCCCCUCCUGGGGCGAACAUCGUCGAUGGCAUGUGGAUUUUCAGGGUGAAGCGGCCGCCGGGUUCUCCGCCUGUCUUCAAGGCUCGUUACGUUGCUCGAGGCUUCAGUCAGCGACAGGGAGUUGACUUCUUCCAGACCUUCUCCCCUACCCCGAAGAUGACUACUCUUCGGGUGCUGCUGCACGUUGCUGCUCAGCGUGACUACGAGCUUCACUCUCUUGACUUCAGCACAGCUUUCUUGCAGGGCAGUUUGCACGAGGAGAUCUGGCUGCGCCGCCCACCUGGCUUCACUGGGGCGUUCCCUCCUGGUACCCAGUGGAGCCUCCGGCGGCCAGUCUACGGUCUCUGUCAGGCGCCUCGUGAGUGGCACGACACACUGAGGACUACACUUGCGGCUCUUGGGUUUGCUCCUUCUACUGCUGACCUGUCGCUGUUUCUGCGCACCGACACCUCGCUGCCGCCGUUCUACAUCCUCGUGUACGUCGACGACUUGGUCUUUUCCACUGUUGACACUGAGGCACUCACCUUUGUGAAGUCGGAGCUGAAGAAGAGACACACGUGCACAGACCUGGGUGAGCUGCGCAGUUACCUUGGCUUGCAGAUUACCCGGGACAGAGCACGCCGCACCAUCACCCUGACUCAGUCACACAUGGUGCAGCAGGUCCUUCAGCGCUUCGGCUUCCAGUUCUCCUCGCCACAGUCCACUCCUCUGGCUACUGGUCACUCGCUCUCAGCUCUGCCUUCGGAUGAGUCUGUAGAGCCGAGUGGCCCGUACCCAGAGUUAGUGGGCUGCCUCAUGUACCUGAUGACCUGCACUCGUCCUGACCUCGCGUACCCUCUUGGCCUUCUGGCACGCUACGUGGCUCCUGGUAGACACCGAAAGGUGCACUGGGAUGCUGCGAAGAGGGUACUGCGUUACUUGUGCAGUACGUCGGGCAUGGGGCUCGUGCUUGGAGGACGGGGUGACGUUGUUCUCACUGGACACUCGGACGCUUCUUGGGUUGACGACCUGGCUACACAGCGGUCGUCACAGGGUUACACGUUCAGCCUUGGCUCUGGUUCUGUUUCUUGGCGGUCUACACGCUCUUCUUCUGUUCUCAGCUCCAGUUGUGAGGCUGAGAUCUACGCCACAGCCAUGGCUGCACAGGAGCUACGCUGGCUCACCUACCGGUCGGCGUACGUAGACAACAAGGCUGCCAUUGCCUUGUGUGAGGAGCACAGGCUGGAGCACAGAACGAAGCACAUCGCUCUGCGUUACUUCUUGGCUCGAGAGUUGCAGCAGCGUCAUCAGCUUCGUCUCACUCACGUGGACACUCGGGCCAACACUGCUGAUAUAUUCACCAAGGCACUUCCGUCUAGUGAUCAUCAGCGUCUGUGUACUCUGUUAGGCCUGGUGUCAGUUUUUUCAUAA